AUAUUUGGUGAUUACAGGAAUCGGUGCUGAAGCGCCGAACAACAAAAACAGCCAGCAUCAGAAUAAGUAAAACGAAGUAUUUUCAAAACAAAUUGCCUGACCACUUCAAAACAAAAAAGCCAGAUUAUGCUAGCGGUGCUAAAUUAAGAUAAAAGGCAAAAGUUACGCUCGGUUUGCCAAAUUAUGCCAAAAAUUAGAGUAGUUCUGAGUGACAAAUAGAAAGAGUCACAUGGUAGUCACGUGUUCCGAGCUUGAGACCACUUACCGCUGAUGCAUAGAUCCAGAGUGUUUCAUAUUUCUGUAAUGAACAAUCGAUGCUUCGCUUUUUCUGGUUUGCUUUCUUUUUUAUUGCUGUCGUUUUGGAGACAGCAAAUGGCUCCAAGCCUCCUAACAUAGUACUGACUGUAAUUGAUGAUCUGGGUUGGAGUGAUGUGGGAUUUCAAGGAUCUGUUAUUCAUACUCCAAACAUCAACAGACUGGCAGCUGAGGGCGUCAUUUUGGACAACUACUAUGUACAACCUCUAUGUACGCCAACCCGAAGUACCCUGAUGACUGGAAGGUACCCCAUACAUACAGGUGACAAGACAAGAGCUUAAUUUAUUUGGGGUCUUAUACCAGCUUGUACAUCGACUUCUUUUAAACAUGAUAAUUUAAAAUUACAAUCUUCUACGUUAAGCUAUUUAUUACACUAUACCAAACAAGUUAUUACAACUAGCGAUAGUUACAUACGCACAGACGGACACAUAGUUUGAGCUACAUUUUGUCUUCCUUUUCGUUUCUUCUUUAAAGUAUUCAAACACAUGCUUCACUAUCAAGUUUUGGCUUUCAGGCUUCUCGUUGGGGGAUUUAUUAAAAACAUGAAUAUUUCAUUUGGCAAAAUUUUUUCACUCAUAACAUAUUCAUUUCAAUCAUUUUUUUUUUUCAGUUCCCCUGUGUAGCGAGAUUAAAAUUUCCAUAUGGGCUCAAAAUUAUUCUUGUCUUAAGGUGAUCCUGAAUUGAACGAUAGAUUCACCGUAGACGUUAUUAGUUAUUCAUAACCGCCGGAGCAGCAAAUUCAAAUGCAGGAGCGCCUUGAAAAAGCUCCGAAUGAGAGAAGAAAAGGUAUCAUUUGGCCCACCAGCGUCGAUAAAACUCAUUCAUGCGACUUUGUUAGCCUCAAAAUUACAAAUACAUGAACGGAAUAUUGAAAAUAAAUGAUAUAUCUACGAUUUACAGUCAAGCCAGGUCAAGCGUACCCCGCAAGAUGCCAUUAAUGAAUUUAUUAUUCGAAAGUUGAAUACGUUGGUGGUUGUAGAUUUCAGAUUCAUCUAAGCAUUCUUGCAUGCGUAAUAAGCCGUGAAUUCACACGCGAGGCAAUUACGACAUUUCUACCGGCUCAGUUUCCCUAAAUUUGAUGUGAUUGUCUUCUAAGAAACAGUCUGAAGAAAUUUAAUCCAUUCAAAAAUUUUUCUCUCACUGGAUACAGAGAAGUUGUCGUAAAAUAUUCACUGCUAUUACGUAUGAGGGAAAGCCCAUUUGAAUUUGACACUAGUUACCGGAACGACUAAUGGAUUCAUUUUUCAAAUAAUCAAUUCAAUAAUAGAAACUUGGGGGUACGCUUGACCUGCUUCGACUGUAAGCAAAAACGAUAUGCGUUUUACGAAGUGGAAGGACUAUCUAUCUCUCUCUGAACUUGAAAAUUGCUAAAAAAAAAAAAGAAACAAAAACAACGGACAUUUUCUGUACAUAGUGGAAGCUGGCUUUGGGCUCGAUUUUCUGGAAACCAGUGACAAGAUCCUCAAAUCCACGAACGGAAUGUAUCAGACUGGUCUUUUCUUAAGCAAAAUACGUUUAAGCUUUUAAAAUUUAUUCCAAGCGAAACCGAGGCGCCUCGCUUGCCUAGGGUCAGCACUCGUUAACAUCCGUCGAAAGGCCCUCUUAUCUUCGGUCGGAUUUCGUAAACGUAUGACGUCACCCUCGCCUCGUGGUUCCGGCUGUGACUCAUGUAAGCUUCGUUUGUCUGAUGAUCUGAUGUUUGUUUCGAGGUCUUGUCUUGCUUUUUCGAUCAUUCCUCGAUUGAUUCAACCAAGAGGAUGCCGCUGCAUCUGUUUGGAAAGGAUAUUUUAAUGUUUCACCUCGAUCAAGCCUCUUAGCGCAUCAAAAAGGUCCUUUCAGCGCAUGUUACUGAGUAACAUCCCUUGAAUGGCCCCGGAUCGAAUUGCAUUCACGAAGAAUUACACGAACAAGCAAAUAAAACUCAAAUGAACCGCUGCCUCACUUAACAACUUUUACAAAUAUUGGCGGGAAUAUAAAAAAUAGAGAAUCAUUUGUGUAAUGUCUGUCUCUGUCGAAUAAUAAUGAAUGCUUGAAACAACAACAGCAACUUUAUUUGUACCCAGCUGUGCCCUACAUUGAUUUACAUGAUACAAAAAAAUUAGAUGAAAAUAUAGAGAGAGUACAGGCUGCCCAUAUUAACCAUUGAGCGUUAAAAAGAUAGUGCAGCCUUACUUAGGUUAUUAAUAAAUGAUUAUAUUAAAGGGUCAGGUACCGCACACCACACACAGCUACGCAUAAUAACAUUCACACACACAACAAAAAAACUAGCAGAAAAAGAAAGACAGCAAAAGAAAGCUAAGUAUACCCGAGUACUAAACAACGGAAAGCCAAAGCUUACACUAAGUUGUCUGAUAAUUUAUAUUCUGUUUCAUCUGCUGAAGAAGCACAAAGCUAAUCCAAGAUUUUGAGACUCGAAAUACCGUAAGAUUUUCCUGCUACAAGGACUACAAGGCAAGCAAAGGCUUUGGGAGGCACAGGUGAGUAGUAGCUAUAUUAUUAUACAAUGGCGGAUCCAUACCUUCAGAUAACGGGAGGUGGGGGGGGGAGGGGUGGCGCCCGGUCAUCCAGACCCUGAGAUAAGGAGGGGGGGCAGGUCUCCAAAAAAAUUUUUUUGGCUCUUCGGGCCUCAGUUUGGUCUCAAAAUAAGAGGGGGGGUCCCUCCCCUAGAUCUGCCACUGUUGUAUACAAAGUGGGCAGUUGACAAUACAAUACAAUAAGAGUUUACAAUACAAUAAGAGUGUAUUGUGAAAAUACACUUAGCUACAAUAAUGGUGUGCUUUCACAUACGGAAACGAAAUCGGGGUCAGUGAAAGCACGCCAGCUAAUUUACAGGUAUUCCACAAACACAAUAAAAUUAAGAGUUAAAAAACUAGAUAUGGAAUAUUCUAUAAUUAAAAUUAUAACAAUAAAAUCUUAAUAAGUAUAUCUUAUAUCUAAAUAAAUACUAAAUUCAAUAAAAAAGCGUCGAAAUUAUAAAAAUUGCACUAGGUCAACUUGGCUAAUGGAUCUCUUAAAAGACUUAAAAUUCGUUAUAUUUCUAAACGUGUUCGGAAUUGAAUUCCAGAGUUUCGGACCAAUAUAACGGACUGAGUUCAAGCCAUAUGUAGUAGACUUUGGCUUGGGUAGCGAGAGGAUAUAGUCACCUCUUAAAUUGUAGCUAACGUUCUUCCUAUGAACUAUCAGGUCUUGUAUACUUUUGGGCGCUAAAGAAUUGUGGACGGCAUUAAAAAUAGACAGUGUGAUUUUAAUUAAUCUUCGUUGUUUUAAAGAUGAGAGAUCUAAUGCGUUGAGAAGUUCCGAGUAGCUUGUGUACUUAUCCCUGAAAACAAACCUGAUCGCGCGCUCAUUUAACCUUUCCAAUUUGUCUGCAGCACUUUUACUACAAAAAUUCCAGGUUUCACUGCAAUAAUUGAAGUGAGGAAGGAUAAAUGCUAAAUAUAGGUCGCGCCUUGUUUCGAAGGGAAGCAUUUUCUUCAUUCUUUUAAGAACAGCUAUUUGCUGUGAAAGCUUUCCUACAUAUUUUAGCAACAUGAUUGUCGAACUUCAGUUUGUUAUCUAUCGUUAUGCCAAGCAUCUCAAAUUCUUUAGUCACUGGGAUACUGGAAUUUUCACACUUGAAAUCAAGUUUGGCGUCAGGUUUUCCCAUCACAAUAGCUUGAUAUUUAGAAUUGUUCCUUUUCAAACCGUUCUCGUCAUACAAUUUAUCAACAAGCUCGAGAUAGCACUCUCAACUUCUCUAUAGUCAUUAUGAGCAAAGAAAAUUUGCGUGUCGUCUGCGUAGCUAGAGAGUUUACAUCUUUUCACGAUGAACAGGAGAUCGUUGAUGAGAAUAUUAAAUAUCAAAGGCCCGAGGAUUGAUCCUUGGGCAAUCCCUCUGGAAAUAUAAUUCCAGCUCGAAUAUUCUCCAGCUACUUUCACUCGUUGUUGGCGAUCAGAGAAAUAAUCUUCAAUGAUAUUAGCAGUUCUCUUGUCAGCACCAUAUUCUUUGAACUUCUUCACAAUGAGAUCGUGUGGCAGAGAGUCGAAGGCUUUCGACAAGUCCAUAGACACAAGGCCAAUUAUUUUCCGAUCGUCCAGCUCCCUUCGCCAUUCCUCCGUAAGACUGAGCAGGGCCGUAUCACAGCCGUGAUGCUUUCUAUAAGCGAACACGAACUUGUGGAGAAUAUUCCUGAACCGGGGGCUGACUCUUGAAUGAACGAGCGUUUCAAAGACUUUUGACAAAGAUGGAAGAAUGGUGAGAGGUCUGUAAUUAUCCUUGGACAGGCUGCAGUCUUUCUUAUACACUGGAGUUAUUUCGCCCUUUUUCCACUGUUUAGGGAUUUUUCCAACGUCCAGAAUAUAAUUAAAGAGAGUGCAGUACGACUCACACAACACUUCAGCAGAAUCUUUCACUUCCCUCGCGGGAAUACGAUCAUGGCCAAUGGCUUUAUUUGUUUUCAUGGUACACAUUAUUUCCUUAACUUCUAUGGGGUUAGUAUAAUUUAGGGUGAUCUGGCCGCUGGCGGAGUCGUGUGGAAAAUGUGUGAAAUCCUUCAUGCGUUCAGUUGUUUUAUCAGUGCCGACAAUGUUUGAAAAGAAAUCGUUCAAAGUUUCUGCAACUUCACGUGGCUCCCGCAUUAUCUGAUCGUUCUCCUUAAGAACAAUACGGCUACUCCUGUUUCCCAAAAAAUGUCAUUUGUUUAGUUUGUUGGCACAAGCAAACCUCUUUGAGAUCUUAACAGUGUCCAAAGAAUCCGCAAUCAACAGUUGGCCAGGUAUGCAUAAGUAGGCAGUUGUUUAAACAAAGGGUAAAACAAUCCUGUUUCAUUGUGCUUCUUGAGUCGUCGGAGGGUAGAAAACGUGCGCCCUGGAUGCUACAACUGGUGUUCAAUAAAAUCUUAACAUUUCCACUUGACCCAUUUUGGGUUGAGAAACAUGGCUGUGGUGGUAGUAGGAAAGGGAGGUGGGGGCAAGACCCCCCCCCCACCCCCCCCCCGCAAAGAGCUAUGACUGUGGCUGAGUUUGUCUACAUGAUAAGUAUAUUUUGCAUAGUAUUGCCAAAAUUUGUAAUAGCAAUGACUAUAAUAUUGUAAUAAAUUGAUACAAUAAUGUAAUAGUAAUGAUUAUAAUAAUCAUUAUAAUUUACAUUGUUAGACAAAGAAAUAUUUUUAAACUUUCGGUAUUCUGAACAUCACUCAUAUUCUUAAACUACCGUUGUAAAUGGUAACAUUAAGAUGUAUGACAUUUAGUUUGCACAGAACUUGAGCAGGGGGAAAAAUCCCAAUUUCCGUCAGGUAUUGUACGUGCAGAACCUCUGUUAACCGACACCUCCUAUAAGCUUACAUGAACCUCUUACUAACAGACACUAAUCUGGGUUCACAGCAAUUAAUUUCUAUGUUAAAAAUCUGCAUUAAUCCAAACUAUUGUAAGUAAAGACACCUUUUCUUGGUAACAAACAUCCUAACAGAUCGGUCAAAUCAGACCUAAAAUUCUUUGCAGAAUAGUUGCCCACAUGAUAGAUCAUAGCUAGCAAAUACUCCUCUCUCUAUGGGGCACUUGGGUUGAACAGAUGCCUUUCACAAGCAACAUAAUUCCGGAGUAAUUUGGUCAACACUUUGAUACUGAAUAAGAAAACAAAUUAACAUAUAGAGGGAGAAAGGAGGAUCAAGAGUGUACCAAAAAUCAAUCCUCCAGUCAAAUCACACAGUCAAUAAAUUAAUGCACAGGAAAACUGAAGGGAAUUUUAAUGAUGAUCAAACAAGGAAAAACAAUCUUACUGUUCAAUAAUAUUACAUUUCCAUGUUUGUUUUUGCUUCAUGAAAUUAAAUAGCAUCUGCCCUACUUGAUCGAAUGACAGAGCAUUUUCUUUUUUUCUAGAAUGACAUGCGUUUACUGCGAAAGAAGUUGAAGGAACAAUUACAGCAGAAGAGGCUUUAAGGUGCACUUAUAAAUUAAUAUUCAAGCAAGACCUCAAAGAAAUCAGGGAGUGGGGAUUAUUUACAGAGAGGGAAGGGCUAAUACAGAUCUGGAGAAAAAGAAAAUUGAAAAAAAGGCUGGGAAGAUACCAUUUCCAAAUUCUUUGGACCCUCCCUUUUCAGUUUUUACAGGACAUUUUUGACAAAACAACAAGAAGCCAAGUCAAAACUCUGAGGGGUUACUUAAGUUGAAUUAAAAAUAUUGAUUCCACCAUUCAUUCAUUUUGAUUUACUGUUAAAGAAAUGUAUUAAAGAAAUCUUGCACAAACCCAUUGACCUGAUAGGCAACCUUUCCCAAGAAAUAACUUGCAGAUAUCAUGUAGAUGAAGACUUCAUAGUAUCAAUGGCUUCGAACCAAAAUGCACAGUUAAUGCACAUUUUCAUUUGCAACCUUAAUUACAAAGCAUGAAAUAAGUAAACCUAAAUAAAUAAAUAAAUCUGACAGAAUUUAUGUAAUCAUGGCUUCAGUGAGUGUCUACAGGUCCUAUGCUAAGUGUGUCCUUUGUACCAAGACUUUGAUCCUCCCCACCCAGGACAAUGGGUGACUGUUUGUGCCUCCCACUGAGCUCUGCAAUAGUAUCAACAGCAACAACAACAAAUCUUUAUUAAUAAACAAAUAAACUUACAGAAGUAUUGCCCGUAGCUAGCAAGGCUAUUCGAGGCGGGACAAUGCGUGCAAAAUAUAAAAAUAGAGACUAAGGCUAUCAACAUUAUCAUUCUCAGCAGAGGCCUGAUUCCGCUCAGUGGCUGGGGCAAAUUAAGAACAAGGUACUUGCCAGUCAAAGUCUCUAGUGAACACUGCUGCUUACUGAAGGGGUUGUGUCAAAAUAGCCCCCUCCCUAGCCCACUAAUUUUGGCCCCCAGGCUUGAUCCACCCACCCACUGUUAGGGCAGUUACUGGGCUAUCCAGCUAAACCGACCAAGACGGCAAGCCCCCUACUUUUUUGGACACUGGACUGGCUUGGUGCAGGGCUGUGCCCGGUACCAGGCGAAAACCUCGUGACCAGUCAUUUUAACGAAAUCAGACAGAAAUAUUAUUAAAUAACAUUAUUAUUUACAGCCUCAUAUUUUGCGCAUUCUCUUGAUCUUAUAAUGGUAAAAUGACAAAAUAAAUGAAUAACAUAACAUAAUAACAAUAUUGAUCCUUCUCCUCCAGUGUGAAAUAUAAGUAUGGCGAUUUUCACACUGUACAUGUAUUCAAUUAGCAAAGUGAUAAUGUAUAAUUGUCACCUAGAUACACAGCCUAGUGAUCUGGGGCCAUUCAAAGGAUGUUAUUCAGUAACAUCCACUGAAAGGUCCUUUUCCCCGCGGAGUAAGAAGAGGCUUGAAACGUCAAAACAUCCUUUAAACGGAGGCAGUGGCAUCUUCUUAUUUGAAUUGAUUGGAAUCAAUCGAGGAAUGAUCGAAAAAGUGACAAACCCUCUCACCAAAAAUCAAACAGGUCGGAUAUAGACGAUCGAAGUGCAGAUGAAUCACAUAUUUAACUUGAACGUGACGUCAUACGUUUACGAAAUCCGACCGAAGAUAAGAGGGCCUUUCGACGGAUGUUAACAAGUGCUGACCCUUGCCUAGUCCCUAGGCCUCAUUAUUAUGCGAGGCCGAUGCGUUUCGGGACACGUGGUCCGAGAAAGUUUUUGAGGCCCAGACAAACUGGGAGAAGUGAGACAUUUUGUCUCACUUGGGGCGGAGUUUUUGGAAGCGGGCGAGCUGUCAAUAACUUUUCCGCGCUGAUGAAAGAUGUCCAGCAGCCAUGGAGAGUAGAGAGGAUAAAGAGGUUAAACGAGCAUAUUUACUCUCCUCACGUUUUCAUUGUUGAAAGUCCUUUGGCCUUUCUUUUUCAUUUAUCUCAUUAACUAAUUUGAACUUUAUUUCAUCUCAAAAACUAUUUGUAGGCUAAGCAAAACAGCGUCGCAAAAAUUAUUUGAUCAAGGAUCGGAUGGUAAGCUAAAGCAGGCUAAAGAAAUAAGUUUAUAUUUAUUCUUGGAUAUGAAAAGCUAUCUUUCGUUUCUCUAUUUUCGCUUGCUCCUAUAAAUUUCUCGUUAUCAUUUCACUCCGAAAUAUUUUAUGUAAUUUAAUUUUUGGAUUUGGAAGCCGGUUAUCAAACUAAUUGGACAGGAUGUUGAAUUUGGGCGUAUGGAUAAGCCGGAAUCCGAAAUCCGGAACCGGAACCGGAAUCGGAACCGGAACCGGAACUUAAAUUGAGACCGGGGUAAACUAGGAAGCACCAGUUCCCGAUACCCGUGUGGAAAUAAAAUUCAAGAUGGCGUCCUCUGUUAUCAUUGUUUUGAAAAAUUUUUAGCACGGUGAUCGUGAUACCAAAGAUAUACUCACAUUCGGAAAGUGACGUGCAAAAAAAAAGAACAAAACCACUAAAAUUCAAAGAAUCAGCCCAUGCUGUUCCGCCGCAGACUCGAGCAUAAGUUCAAGGCACAACAACUUCACAUUUUCAAAUGUACUCACAUUUCAAUCGAUUCGUCGCUUUGUCGUGAUCUGUAAACGAAAACAGAUAUGUUUUUGUAAAAUGGUAACAUUUUUUCAAACUCAGUAAAACGGAGAAGAAUGAAAACUUUUAUAUUCUUACUCGUACCUUUUCUUAAAAGGGCUCCGUGUUUCAUCCAUUGUCUGCAUUGUGAGGGAAAGGCGGCAAAGGGAGGAAGAGUACUCAUGUCAAUCAUGAUCCCAAGUUGCAACACUCACGCGUAUAUGAAAUUCUCGAAGAAAACGAUGUUGCCCCGUACGCAAAAAAUGCGACAGUAAAAAAUAUAAUAACAAUAAAUAAAUAUAAUGAGGGAAUGAAAAGUAUUGAUCGAGCAAUUAUUGUUAGUGACACUCUCAAGACAGAAACGUCUCCAAUCUUUAUUUCCUAGGUUCCGGUUCCUGCUUUUCCAUACGCCCGUUGAAUUUGGUCUCGAAAUUUGGUAGAAUGUCAACAAACUACUGUUUCAAAUCUUUUUAUCAAUAAAGAAAUAUCAUUUUAACGGUUCAUUUGAAAAUGAACUAAAAGAGAAAUUCCUUGCACGUUAUACAGUAGUAUUCUUUCCGAUUUAAAGUAAUAUUUUUGUUCUUUAAUAACAGACACUGCCGAUCUUUAAGCGAAGGAUAUUCGCACGCAGUUAUUUAUAGAUUAUUUCAGUUGAGCGUCACGCAUGCGCACUCCGAGAUUGUCUAGGCGUCUCCCGGCUGUUCGUCUCGGAUACGUCACCGAAAUGCAUUUACCGAGAGGGCCUUGAAAGACGCCGUACAGGGACUAGGCAAGCGCCACGCGAGGUUUAUAAAUUUGUCGCGCGUUGAUCGCAUAGCAAAGCAGAAACUCGAGCUGCGAAUACCGUAAAAUUCCGAAAAUAAACCCUGGGGCUAAUAUUUUUCAAAGGCCGUUUCUGUGUGGCUUAUCUACGGAGGGAAAUUUGCGCUUCAAAAUCGAUUGGGCUAGCCUUGAGUUGGAAGGAAAUUUACCGUUUUGGCUUCCGAUCCAUACUUUGAUACAUCCAUCCGUCGUUGAACCCGAGAGUGAAUAAAGGCCGAAAUAAUGCAAAAUGGCUUUGAAGUACGCCUUUUAGCUAAUUUCGUGAAAGAUAUCUCUGAAUUCAUGAUAAGUACAGCUCUACCAACUUCAAACAGCGUUCACAGCAGAAAAAAUGCUUUAAAUAUAACAAUUUUGGCACAUUUAUUAACCAGUUGCCGCGUGGCGAAGUGGUCGAGAAUCUAACUUCACGAAUGGAAGAGUGUUGGGGAGUGAGUUCAAGUUCCCGCCGAGCCAUAUAUUUUUAAACUUUGUACAUUUUUUUGGAUUUUUUUACCCCUUUGGCUUUUUCCCUUUAUUCAGAACGUUUCCAUUUUCUUACGACUCCGUCGUUUACGAUCUAGUGGUGAAAACCAAAUCGGAAUCGGUGGCAGAAGUGGAAGGAUAAACCAAUCACAAUGCACGUUCCCAUGCUUUGCGAUUGGUUUAGCUCGACUUCGACAAUGGUGUCAGUAAAACGCGGGGUAGGGGUCGGGGUGGGGGUCGGGGCCGGGCCCGUGGUCGAUGUCUAUCUCCCCCUAAGAAUGCUGUUUUAGGCUUAGGUUAGGGUAAAGGUUAUGGUUGACACUAACCCUAACCCUAACCCCAAGUUUUACUGACACCCCUUCGACAACCAAGUUUUCACUUGAACACUAACCAUGGAGUCGGAAGCGGAAUCAGAACGCUGUUUUCACUAUAUCGUUAAGUCUUACUCCUCUGAUUACGACCCCAACUUCGUUGCUAGUGAAAACCAGCCUUUAGUCGUUCAAUAGGGCCAUUUAUACGAGGAAAAAUAAGACGCGUCUUAAAUAAGACGCCAACUGUACCAUUUAUACCAGCAUGUCUUGUCUAAUAAGACGCGUCUUAGCUAAGCCGCGUCUUAUUUUAGACGAAAUGUGCCAUUUAUAUGGAAAGUUCGCGUCUUAUUUAAGACGUGUUUUAUUUUUCCUCGUAUAAAUGGCCCUAAUGUUCGCGUCAUUGUUAAGUCUUUUUUUUUUUUGUCGUUUUGCUCGUCCUAGUUUUUCGUCUAAUCUCGCUAUCGUCUUGUAAGUAUCUUGCUUGUAUUUCGCCUUUUUUUAGUUUGCCGUAUUGCUUUCGCUCAGUUUUGUAGUUAUUUUAUCUUGACUUCGUAUUUGUUUAAUGGUUGUUUUUCAUUAACGCUUCGCUUCAUUUCACUUCGCUUCGAUUACAUCGUUUCGCUUUGGUUCGCCUUGUUCAUAUUGAUUGUAGGAAGUCUAGAAAUAAGUUUUGUGAGUGGAAUGAAUUACAACGCGUAAAGGCUGCGACUUUACUAGAACGUACGUGCUGUGGAAAGUCCUUUCGUCACACUCAAUACAAAUGCCCGAAAAUAGUCGGCAUCAGUGGAAAAAUUAGCAUAACGUCAAAACAGUGAAUGUUGUAACGCGGAUUUUUGGCCGGUUCGCAGGCUAGGUUCUUCUUACAAAUUUCAAGGUGUUGCAGUGAAUCAAUCUUAAUGGCGAAAUUUUCAGACAUCGUGAAGAUUAUGUGACGACGGUUUAAAACAAUUUCUGUCGAGCCGAUAUACAGCCGAGCCAAAAUUUCCUAGCAUUAACAUAUAAUAUUAAGCUGCAUUCUGAUGCUAGAGUAAUUUGAGUAAUUUGAGUUCUGUAGAACUUUGUAUUUAACAUUUCAUUGCGGCUAUUGAAAAUAUAAGGUUAGAAAUUUAUUUACGUUUUACUUGAAACAUACAUAUUUUUUUACUUAGGGAGGUUAUUUACUAAACACCACACUUUAAGUUCCUAGGGUCGGGUUUUCAGUACCAGGUCUAGAUCCCGGGGGUCCGGGCUCUAGAGCGCGCAAAAUUCCGCUUUUCAAAGCUUUUUUUUUGUUAUCAUAGUGAUAUCGAUUUUACUAAAAAUGGUGUUUUGACAAACUACAAUCCACAAUACACUGGUUUUAUAGCGAUGCGGACAAGUAUAAAAUCAUUUUUUAAGGCGAUUGGAAAAAAAACAGUAUGGUCUCCAAAACACUGUAUCGAAACACCUUAAAUAUCAUUUUAAAAUAUUCUGUCAUCCUCACUAUUUCUUCAUCUUUCAGGGUUGCAGCACUCUGUGAUUAUGGCUCCGCAGCCUUACGGUUUGCCACUUAAUUUCAAAACUUUGCCAGAAACAUUACAAGACGCUGGUAAGAAAGAGCUUUUUUAAAUGUUCUCUACCAAUUUGAGAGCGAAGAAAACAAGCCCCAAAAUAUAGGAUUAUGUGGAACUCAAUCCAACUUUCAAAAUCAAAUAUUCUAUUGAAGAUUUAGACUCAAAUGCCAAGCGAAAGAUUUUUGCUUUACAGUUGAAAGAUUCUAGUACAUUACCUGUCCUGGCUAAGUUUUGUCAAUCGAGGUCACUUCAGCUUUCAAGUAUUUGUUAAUUUUCGUAAAUUUCUCUCCCACGGAAGGUGUUUUAUGCUACCGAAACUGGGUGUGGGGUCUCUGUGACUCCUUGACGUCUUGACUUUAUCUCUUAUUUUGGCUUAGUUCGAUAGUGCCCUGUUUAUUGGAUCGCAGCCUGUGUGACAACCAUUUCUGUGCGUGCGAGCCAGUUUGGGCGAGUGACCCGAGUGAGAUAAUCGGGGGUGUGAUAUUCCCGUUCUGGCCCCACUCUCUCUGUCACACAACGCAGGCGUUGCGUGACAGAGAAAGAGAGAGAGAGAGGACAGACCUGGACUAGGAGUGUGAGUGAAAGGGAAAGGAAAAGAAACCUUCUUUCCUAGCCCCUUCAUGUUUUGGCGCUCACUUCGACUUCCAAGGCGCAACCUAUCUAACGAUACCCUGGGAGCAGGGGCCCUUCAUUCUUCCUAGAUAAACCAGGAAGAGUCCCUUCCUCUUCCCGACUUAUCUAAGAAGAUGGAAGGGCCUCUGCUCGCAGGGUAACCUAACGAAUAAUGUAACAACAAAAUUAAGAUGAAUGAGGGCAGGAGUCCAUAACCUGGAGCUUGCAACUCCCAUACUUGGCUUAUAGUGCAAAGGCGUUUUCACAAAUCACUUUAUUUUUAGCAUCAUUUUGCAGUAUUUUUUCCCACGAAAAUGGAAGCACUGCCCCGUUUGUGUGCGCAACCAUAGUACGAUAAUAAUGAUAAUAACAAUAUCAACACGUAAAUGCUGUCAAACAUCAGAAAAAACUAUCUCCUAGUCUCCGGUUUUUCCUGAAGGAUUUGUAAGGCUUAUUUGAUAGUCAAAAGUCGCGGGAAAAUCGAUCUAAAAAUGAACUGUUCCGUACGUAAGAAGGCGGACCGUUGCACGGGCACAAGUGAAUUACUUGCUCCGGGUUAUGGGCACCUGAUGAAGGAUAGAGAUUAGUCGUCACAAGUCACCACAGGACAGCCACUCUGUUUGGGUAGCACAAGGACAACUUCGUAAAAGCGCAUGCUCAUUAGUGUUGUAUUCUCAUAGGUUACGCCACUCAUAUGGUUGGUAAAUGGCAUCUUGGUUUCUUUGAGUGGUCAUACACUCCGACCUACCGCGGUUUCGAGUCUUUUUAUGGGUUCUACACGGACUGUGAGGAUCACUUCGAGCAUGAACGCCUCGGGAUUCUGGAUUUACGAGACGAUACACUCCCUGUGCGGGACAAGGAUGGGACGUACUCAGCCAACCUCUUCACCAAGGUAGGAAAGAAAAAAACGAAACAAUGAAGAAACUAAAUCGAAUUAAAAAAGAACAAGCAAUAAACCAAACUUCAGGGUGGAGAACAAGUCAUUUCGAUUUUGAACAAAACCAAUUUGAUGUGAAGUAUAAAACCAAUUUGUUUAUGUACAGAUUAUCUGGAAACGCGGUACAGUCGGAUCUCCCGCUACUUGCAUCUCUAGGAUACGUAUACUAAACCAGUGGUUUAAGUGUUUUUCGCGCGCUCUGAUUGGCUACUCAAACUCGGGAUAUCCGGUUCUAUUCGCUGAUUCACCUCCAGCUCCUCUAGCGAACGACGCCAAACUCGCGUAAGUUACCAGCAAAAUGGCUUCCCGGUCUGCUGCCGUAACAAAGAAAUUUCACAAAUAAUUAAACAGGCUGUUCCCGAAUUACACGGAUCAGGUGACGGAAUUCCCUUUGGAAGUUUUAACAGGUAAAGCUUUGUCUGCCGCCUGGAUAGCUCUAGCUCAGUUGGGAGAGCGCCGGUCUGCUGAGCGGGAGGUCGCGGGUUCAAACCCUGGCAGGACAAACACCCAGAGUCUUUAAAUAACUAAUCAUCUGCAGUGCAGUGUUCCUUGCCAUGUUAACUUGCUGGCACGAACAGGGGUCUUUUUUGAAUGAGCAUGCGCGACCGCUGACUUGUCAAAGAGCACGCGACCAGUGACAGCGACCGUGCUGCAUAGUCAUAGGAAGCAAAUUGUUCACUUUGAAAGCUUGAUUGAGAUUGAAAUGGUAGCAGGAACUUAGGAAAUACCUUCGUUGUACGAAAUAAGUAAAGAUCUGUUGAUUUAAGGUGGAGACUGAUGCGCUGAACGAGGUGAAAGAGCAAGUUUCUCAAGGAUGUCUGACACGAACAUGGCUGUUUGUUGUUGUUUGGCGCUCGACUCGUGUCUUGAUUCCCCUUUAAGAACCGCAAGGUUUGGCAUAGAAUGCAUUGCUGAUGCGUAGCUACUGAGCAAAAUGUUCUUUAUUUAGUGUUUGUCUAUAAAUCGGAUGUAAAACAGUUUCUCGAUGCCAUCGAGGAUUUCAAUCAAUUAUUUGUUAAUAGCUGAUUUAGCCAUAUUUCGGGAGUGAAUUAAUAACGAUCAGCGGGCGACUACCACGCCGUUUUCUGUUGGAAUAGAAAGUUUUUGCUUUGAGGUAUUUUAGCGAUACAAAGUUUGUUUAUAGGAAAAUUGUAGAACUUCUUGUUUUUGAGUGGACUAACAUUGUAACGCAUCUUUUACAGGAAUUUGCUUUUAGCCAGAACUUAAAUGUUCUAAUGAUUUUUAACUUUUGGUCGGCAUCACAUGUUUACUGUACUUCUUGGGAAACCUAACCGUUUGUUUCAUCAAAAUCGGUCACAAGAUUGGACUUUAAUUUCGGUCCUAUUGAAUGCAGUUUUGAACGGUGUCUCAUUGAUAUUCAUUUUUUUAUUGUUCGAGACAUGCAGAGUGACUACCACCAACAUCUCACCAGGUGACUAAUCUACGUCUCGUGUGCUCUUAAUUUUGUAGCGUUAAAGUGCUGGGAUAAUUGUAGAACACAUAUUAAUUCACUGCUGAACUGAACAUCGGCUUUCGAGCACUUCGAGCCCAGUCGCUGAAAUUUGCUAUGUUUUCUUUUAAUAUUUCUCUUCCUUUCCGAUUUGAAAACAAAGAAAAUUGAAAGUGUUUAGUUGCAUCAACAAACGUUUCUGCACUUUGUUUAGACUUUGAUGAGGUCAGCGCGAUCCUCCAGGCACUACAUAUACGCGCGCUGUUAUCCAGGUCAAGUGGGGAGAUGAAAUUUGAUAGUAGCUCGUGUGUGUUCAAGCCGGCCUACUUCGCUUUUGUUAAGACCAUGUUAGAGUUUUUUUUGCAAACUACACAUUUUGUUAAAUCACGAGCACAUUCGCCAAGACCAACGAGCAAAAUAAUCGCUAUGAUAGCUUUAAGACGCGCCAUUUUGAUGAAGGCAAACCCUGUGGUGAGCCUCCAUGCACACCGCUUGUUCAGCGGUCGCGCAUGCUCAUGCAAAAAAGACCCGUGUUGCUGGCACGUACAGUUUUCUAAAACUUUUGAUUUCCUUUUUUCCCCAUAAAUUAACUUCUAUUUCCAGGCAAAAUUGGUCUUGCGAGGAAAUCCCGAGUUCAUAAAAUGGCGUCAAAGCGUCCUCCUUUUCCUCUGUAGUGGUCAACAAAAACAUAAUUGCUUCGAGCGUAUGAAAGUCAACUACAGUAAAUCACUUAGCAAUAAAAUCACGCUGUUUAAACACCAUGGAGUCUUUUCUUACCUUCAAAAUCAUCAACCCUGGAAUAUUCUUGUAUUUUAAAAAGGUUCUUACUCUGAAACUUGGCAAAACACCCAGUUCACGACAGCGAUUUUGUUUUGCUUUAUAUUCACCGCCUAGCGCGGUGAAUAUAACGUCAUAGUCCGAGAUAGCGAACCAAUCAGAUUGCUUGAAUCACCAAGAUCACUGAGUGUGUAUAUGGUAAAUCAUAAUAAAAGCAAUACUAAGCCUUAAACCAAUAACAUGACAAAUAGCCUUUUAUCUUAUUAAAGGGGAUGGGUGAGUUAACCCUCGGACGUACACGCAAAUUCAUACCCCCACCGUGGUACAAGGGGGAUUUAUGGAACCCCUCCCCAGAGUUUGUGAUAUGUUGCAGUAUUUCGAGACGAUUUUGCCUUCAGUGGAAACCCUUUGAUCUUCUCUACGAGAUGAGGUAUAUUUUAUGGGUGGUGGCGCUGCUGGAGGCCUGUGACUUCGCCAACAAUGGUCGCCAUCUUGACUACCAUCUUGAAUUUUACAAAGAAUUGGAAUUUAGGUUAAAACCGCGAUAAAUGGUAAUUUUUCGUGCUCGACAUGAAAAAUAACACUUAAAUAAGCACUGUGCAUCAUUUCUUCUACAAUUAGCUUUACUUUUAUUGUUUAAAGAAUUUGAAAAACAUGCAGUUUCACUCAAAAAUGGCUUGACCACCUGCUACUUAUGACGUCGUAUCUGGUAGCCAUAGUAACAGACCAUCACUAAACUUCAGUUUCAAAAUGCGUGCAAGGGAUAAACCAAUAGCUACUGAAAACGGCAGGUGCUGAUGUUUGCUCAUUUAGGAAAAAACUUCAAAAAACCUCAGAGGGGGGGUGCCCCUCCUUGUACGUUCGAGGGUUAUGAAAAAAUUCAGUAAACACACCAAAAACGAAAAACAUUUUCCAUCCAGGUAAAUACCUUACGGAAAAUAGAGGCGAAAAAGAACGUUAUGAAUCAAAAUACAACACCGAACCCUCCAACAGCUCGUAAAUAUAAUCAAUGAUAAUCAAUGAUACUCUUCGGUGCCGGCCAACUUUCUUUCUGUCUAAAGGGAAAUCGAAGUCCUACUUGAAAAAUUGUGCCGGUUUUUCUGUUAACCGUAAGCUUAUGUUUGCUUAUCGGGCCUGGACGAACUGUUCAGUGUAAAUCAGCCUUUACAUUUAUACAACACAAUAUGAAAUAAUAUUUGAUAGUAACGUUUACUACAACAUACUGUUUUUGUCCUCUAGGGUUAGACCUGAGACGGAGUAUGCAUUUCAUUUUCCGCUACGAAUUACUAUAUAAUUUAGUGUACACAAUUCAAACUGUGGCAAGUAAAGACAAGGCCGUUUACAUCUCUUAUAUCUUAAUUCUAAUACACAGCAAGCAGUUCAAGUUAUCAAGGAGCACAGUUCUUCAAGGCCUCUCUUCCUGUACUUGCCGUUUCAAAAUGUUCAUGAUCCGGUUCAAGCACCUCAAAAAUACAUUGACAAAUACAGCUUUAUCGAAAACAAGACGAGGAGGACAUAUGCAGCCAUGCUGGAUAUUGUCGAUGAAGCUAUUGGUAACGUGACAAGGAGCUUAGAAAAAGCAGGGUAAUAUACAUUGGUUUCCUUUAUUUUCAGCUCAGUUCGUAGAGCGCCGGUUUUCCGCACCGCGUAAGCAGUGAUUCGAACCGUAAACGGAAGCUAAAACAACCGAAGUCUUAUGAAUCUUGGCUAGUGAGGUCGUACUGGUUGUGAUGUACUUCAAUUCAGUCCAUACUGCUUUCGAGAGAGAAGGUGGCGUAGAGUUCGGUUGUGUGGUAUAAAUCAGUCCUCUCUACGGCAUAUAUUGUGGGGGUUUGCCUCGUCGGUA